AUGUGCACAAUGACCAUUAACAUUCCCCAUUGGCCAGUUAAUCAUGCUGACAUUCAUAAGAUAAAUCAAGGAAGAUUCAUAGAGUCAGAGCGCAUAGACCUGCAGUUCAUUACCGCUUUGAGGGAUAAUACGCGAUUCAGCUUGGCAAUGAAUGGACGGUACCUCGUAUUCAGUAAUUUUGCCAUUAUACCUCUCAGAAAGAGUGGAGAUGAUGCUCGUAUGUAUGUGGCAUUAUUCUCCACCCUCGUACUUCUGCUAGAGCCCUUUCAGCCUAGAACACUUUGCAGGGUGGAACAAGCCGCCUUGGCGGUGGCACUGAGGCCCCAAUCACGACCGGAGGAAUGGAAUCCUGGAAAUGCUGAGAACGGGUUUUGA